AUGACCGGCGAGGACUCCUGCGUAGCUGAACUUAUGCCGCUGCAUUCACAGGGCAUAUGGAACCUACAAAAUUUGCAUAGCAUUUACAAUUAUCCAUUGCCCAUGCUUCACAUGCAAUUGGCAGUAAUAUUCAUCCUCACUCAAUCUAUACACACGGUGUUGAAACGCUUCAAUGUGUCCCGGAUCGUCUCCGAGAUCCUUGCUGGUGUAAUACUAGGACCAACUUUUCUGGGAUCAAUUCCGGGGUUUACCAAGACAUUCUUCCCCCAACAUUCAACCUCUGUUCUGGACAUGUUAUCGAAACUUGGCUACAUUUUAUUCAUGUUCCUCAUAGGAGUGAAGAUGGAACCAAGCAUGAUGAUGAGAACUGGUAAAAAGGUCUGGACUUUGGCAUUUGUAUCGGUCGUGCUUCCCAUAUUUACGGCCAUGGUCUCUUCUAAUGUCUUCCCGAUGACAGCAACAGUAAAAUACGUUAUAUUAACACAAACCUUUAGUCCAUUUCCUGUCAUUGUCUGCCUCCUCAAUGACCUAAAAAUCAUGAACUCCGAGAUCGGCCGCCUUGCUUUAGCUACAGCAUUGAUCAGGGAGUUCUUCAGUUUAGCAAUCCAUACUCCACUCAACUAUGCUAGAGUUUCGACACAAGGCGGGUCGUUUAAAACUGGGGGACUCACCCUUUUUCUGUUUCUAAUUUUCAUCCUUACCAUUUGCUUCCUCCUGCGCCCGGUGUUUCUAUGGAUCAUUAGAAAGACACCCGAAGGGAAGCCAGUGGAGGAAGUGUACCUCUCUUUCAUUUAUUGUGGGACUCUCCUCUCGGCCAUAAUCACUGACUUCUUAGGGGCUCAGAUGUACCAUUUCGGUCCUAUGAUACUCGGCCUCGCCAUUCCUGUCGGACCACCUCUAGGAUCCACACUGGAAGAGAAGUUCGACACCUUUGUCACGGGGUUCUUCACGCCAGUGCUUAUGACCUUAUGCGGCAUGAAUGCAAAUUUUCGUUCAGUAAUGAACCUGAAUAUCAUGUACGUCUUAUUGACAGUCUGCGCCGCUGGUGCUGUAAUUAAUUUUAUAGGGGGUUUUCUUCCUUCAUUGACCUGGAAAAUGCCUCCCAAAGAUGCAGCUACUCUUGCACUCAUCCUGAGUACUCAAGGCAUUGUUGAGAUGGCCGGUCUUAUCGCCUACACGCAAAAUCAGACAUUAGAUGAAGAAGCUUUCUCCAUUGUGACUCUUGUAGUCAUACUAGCAGCAGUGAUCAUACCGUAUCUUGUGAGACUUCUCUACGACACUACAAGGAUAUAUAUAGGCUACCAGAAAAGAAAUAUGCUACAGGCUCAAGAUAACGCCGAGAUGCGAGUAUUUGUGUGUGUCCAUAGACAAGAUGAGGCCUUGGCAGCAAUUAAACUACUUGAAAUUUCCAAUCCUACCAGAGGAAGUCCUCUGCUAGUCCAUGUACUCCACCUCAUGGAGCUCAAAGGCCGAGCCACCCCCCUCUUAAUCAACCACAAAUUCGGCCAAAAGAUAUCCGCUGUCUCUCGUUCACGGCAGAUCAUCGACAUUUUCAAUUACUAUGAGAGUCAAUUCUUAGGGUUGGUACAUGUGCAAGCCUUCACUGCAAUAUCAAAGCCAAAGUUCAUGCAUUUCGACAUUUGUUCACUAGCCUUCGACAAGUUGACUUCGCUAGUAAUACUUCCAUUUCAUAGGAAAUGGAAUUCUCAAGGCAAAGUGAUUGUGGACAACAAUGCCUUGAGGUCUAUCAACCAUCAGACCUUGGAGUUGGCCCCUUGUUCGGUGGGCAUUCUUGUCGACCGUCGCAAAAUACAGAGCACCAUGCCAGUUUCGCCACUGUAUCGUGUGGCUGUACUCUUCUUGGGAGGUGAUGAUGAUCGCGAGGCACUGUCUUAUGCCAAACGGAUGGCUCAAUCCCCAGCUGUUCACUUGACAAUUCUGCGUUUAGUGGCUGAGGAGAAUACCAGUGAGGACAGCUGGGAGACCAUGUAUGACGCAGAGAAUUUGAAGGACAUAAGGCUGCAAACUUCACAUAGAGGUAAUGUAGUGUAUAGAGAGGAGGUGGUGAGAAAUGGACCGGGGACGGCUCUGAUAAUCCGUACCAUGGAGGAACUUUACGACCUGAUCAUGGUGGGGCGGUGCCACAGAUUGGAUUCACCGGUGCUAUCAGGCCUGUCAGAAUGGACUGAGUUGCCGGAGCUUGGGGUGAUCGGAGACCUACUCGCAUCCCAAGAUAUUAGUCAACCAGUUUCCGUCUUGGUGGUGCAACAGCAGCACACCAAGUUGAAGACAAAGUAG